AUGUCCAGCGAAGAGGACAAACCUCCGGCGCCGCCCGUCCGAUUGACGAGCAAUCGGGGCGGCGGUAGUGGGGCCGUUGGUGGAGGUGGCGGGGCCGGUUCCGGAGUUUCCGAUCGGAUCGAUGGUGUUGCCCCGGUCGAUAUGAAACCGUUGCCUAAAGAACCGGACGAUGCCGAUCGUAAAAAGAAAACACUCAAGAACAAAAUCAAAGUAUCGAAAGCGUCGCACAACGACUCGAAGCCGAAUAUAUCCUAUCCGACCAACUUCGAGCAUACGGUGCACGUGGGUUUUGAUGCCGUGACCGGAGAAUUUACGCUGCCUUUGAGAGGUAUGCCAGAGCAAUGGGCGCUGAUGCUGAAGAACUCAAACAUUAGCAAGCAGGAGCAGAAGAAAAACCCCCAAGCGGUGCUGGAUGUGCUCAACUUUUUCGACAACAGCAGCAAACAGCGGCCAAGCUCCAAAUAUAUGACCCAUGGUUUGCACACAACGACACACUCGGCAUCUUCCAUAGGGUCGUCGCUGAGCCGGGUGAGCAGCAGCAGUCCGAGCAGCACGCCGACGGACUCGGAAUCACACGGUGGCCCCGGGGCGCAGAUCAUCUCGAGCAGCCAUUCGCAGGCCUACAGCCUUGGCCUAUCGUCGCACAACUCUGCCGGUGACCACGACAGCGACGAACUGGGUGUCCUCAGCGGUAGCGCCAGCGGCAGCAUCAGCGGCAACGGCAUUCCACCGCCCAUCGCCAGCCGCCCGGAGCGGACCAAAUCGAUCUACACAAGACCGAUCGAUGAUCCGAUCUCACCGCCAAUACCUCCUCAUUUGAGCGCGGGCGCCACGCAUCCAUCGGCGGCUGGUCCUGGCGCGAUCCGUAGUCCAACGCACUUCGACAAGAACAAGAACUCGGUCAGUGUUGCAUCCGCACAAACGAUCAGCAGCCUAGCUGCGGCCUCGUCGCCGCCCAGCCAGCAGCAGCUGUCUCAUCUGCAUCAUCACCACCAGCAGCACCAAGGGGCAGCCCCACGGGGGGCCGAUUCCGGUGUCACUGUCCUGUCCUGUCGUGCAUCUUCCAACGCAGCAGUCGCGAACAAUGGCCUCAGCGGAGCGGCACCAACCGACGGCAGCACGGUGGCGCCCGCGGUGGUUCCGGCUGGCGUGGCCACCGUCCCCAUCAGCGUCAACAAUGGUUCCAACCUCAACAACAGCACGACUGGUGCGACGACGCAGCAGCGGGCGGCCAACCUCAAGAAGAAGAAGAUGUCUGACGAGGAGAUCCUGGAGAAGCUGCGCACGAUCGUGAGCGUCGGUGAUCCAAAGCGGAAGUACAACAAGAUGGAGAAGAUCGGUCAGGGCGCGUCCGGUACGGUGUACACGGCGAUUGAAAGCUCGACCGGUAUGGAGGUCGCGAUCAAGCAGAUGAACCUCAGCCAGCAGCCGAAGAAGGAGCUGAUCAUCAACGAAAUCCUCGUGAUGCGGGAGAACAAGCACCCGAACGUGGUGAACUACCUGGACAGCUAUCUCGUGUCCGAGGAGCUGUGGGUGGUGAUGGAGUAUCUACCGGGCGGUUCGCUGACGGACGUCGUGACGGAAACGUGCAUGGACGAGGGUCAGAUAGCGGCGGUGUGCCGGGAGGUGCUGCAGGCGCUCGAGUUCCUGCACAGCAACCAGGUGAUCCAUCGGGACAUCAAGAGCGACAACAUCCUGCUCGGGCUGGACGGUAGCGUGAAGCUGACGGAUUUCGGUUUCUGCGCGCAGAUCUCGCCCGAGCAGUCGAAGCGCACGACGAUGGUUGGCACACCGUACUGGAUGGCACCGGAGGUGGUCACGCGGAAGCAGUACGGACCGAAGGUCGAUCUCUGGUCACUGGGCAUCAUGGCGAUCGAGAUGAUCGAGGGUGAACCGCCGUACCUGAACGAAAACCCGCUCAGGGCACUCUACCUGAUCGCGACGCACGGCAAACCGGAGAUCAAGGAGAAGCUCAAGCUUAGCACCGUCUUUCAGGACUUUCUCGACCAGUGCCUCGAGGUGGACGUCGAUCAGCGCGCUACGGCCUACGAACUUCUAAGGCAUCCCUUCCUGAAGCUGGCACGGCCACUCGCUAGCCUAACGCCUCUCAUCAUGGCCGCGAAAGAAGCCACGAAGGGCCACUGAAAGCGGGAGGACGUCGUUUCACCAUCGG